CGGGUCACCACGCCGCCAAUCAGCGCGCUGGCUGUGCCUUCGCGCGGGGAGCGGGAGCGGCGUCCGCGCCUGCGCCGAGGGUCUGGCACGGAGAGAGCAGGGGCUGGUGCCAAAAUGGCGGAGCGCGGCUACAGCUUCUCCCUCACCACCUUCAGUCCUUCUGGAAAGCUUGUUCAGAUUGAAUAUGCUUUGGCUGCAGUAGCUGCAGGAGCUCCAUCAGUUGGGAUUAAAGCUGCAAAUGGAGUGGUGUUGGCAACUGAGAAGAAGCAGAAAUCUAUUCUGUAUGAUGAAAGGAGUGUCCACAAAGUAGAACCAAUUACCAAACAUAUAGGUUUAGUGUACAGUGGUAUGGGUCCAGAUUACAGAGUACUUGUGCACAGAGCUCGGAAGCUGGCCCAGCAGUAUUACUUGGUGUAUCAUGAGCCCAUUCCAACAGCUCAGCUAGUACAGAGAAUUGCUUCUGUGAUGCAGGAGUACACGCAGUCUGGUGGUGUUCGUCCCUUUGGUGUAUCACUGCUAAUAUGUGGCUGGAAUGAAGGGCGGCCAUACUUAUUUCAGUCAGAUCCAUCUGGAGCUUAUUUUGCCUGGAAAGCAACAGCAAUGGGAAAAAAUUAUGUAAAUGGGAAAACAUUUCUUGAGAAAAGGUACAAUGAAGAUUUGGAGCUUGAAGAUGCCAUUCAUACAGCUAUCUUAACACUAAAGGAGAGCUUUGAAGGGCAAAUGACAGAAGACAACAUUGAAGUUGGCAUUUGUAAUGAAGCUGGUUUUAGGAGGCUCACUCCAACUGAGGUUAAGGACUACUUGGCUGCAAUAGCCUAGUAGAAACCAAGGUAGACUGUGUGGUUCACACAAAGGUCUUUUUAAUUUUGGCUACUUAAAUGUUUUUCUUUGCCCUUUUUGCAUACUUAUUUCUACAUGGUUUGUCUGAGAGAUUUUUUAAACAUCAUGGGUGCACAUACAACGGUCCUUGAUAUUGUAAUACACGGAAUCUUGUUCAAGAUAAUUCUUUCCCUUGACACACAAAAUACUGUACAAAAUGUAAAGUUAUAGUGACAGCUUGAAAAAGGCUAAAGAAUAAAAUCAAAGGCCACUGUUUUGGGGGAA